AUGGACACACUCUUACAAUGCGUAAAGGGCUGGAUGAUAUCCGUCAAAACCAAUAAUGCUGUGGUGAUCGGAACCACAAGCAAGCAGAAUCCUCCCCAUGUGGUGAUCGGAACCACAAGCAAGCAGUAUCCUCUCCAUGUGGUGAUCGGAACCACAAGCAAGCAGUAUCCUCCCCAUGUGGUGAUCGGAACCACAAGCAAGCAGUAUCCUCCCCAUGUGGUGAUCGGAACCACAAGCAAGCAGUAUCCUCCCCAUGUGGUGAUCGGAACCACAAGCAAGCAGAAUCCUCCCCAUGUGGUGAUCGGAACCACAAGCAAGCAGUAUCCUCCCCAUGUGGUGAUCGGAACCACAAGCAAGCAGUAUCCUCCCCAUGUGGUGAUCGGAACCACAAGCAAGCAGUAUCCUCCCCAUGUGGUGAUCGGAACCACAAGCAAGCAGUAUCCUCCCCAUGUGGUGAUCGGAACCACAAGCAAGCAGUAUCCUCCCCAUGUGGUGAUCGGAACCACAAGCAAGCAGUAUCCUCCCCAUGUGGUGAUCGGAACCACAAGCAAGCAGUAUCCUCUCCAUGUGGUGAUCGGAACCACAAGCAAGCAGUAUCCUCUCCAUGUGGUGAUCGGAACCACAAGCAAGCAGAAUCCUCUCCAUGUGGUGAUCGGAACCACAAGCAAGCAGUAUCCUCCCCAUGUGGUGAUCGGAACCACAAGCAAGCAGUAUCCUCCCCAUGUGGUGAUCGGAACCACAAGCAAGCAGUAUCCUCUCCAUGUGGUGAUCGGAACCACAAGCAAGCAGAAUCCUCUCCAUGUGGUGAUCGGAACCACAAGCAAGCAGUAUCCUCUCCAAGCUGCUUAA